AUGUUUGAUGUGAACUAUUUCAAAAAUCAAACGUUCGAUUUUUGUACAAGCACAUUUUUCCUAUAUUCAUCGGAUUUUCAACGCCUAUUCCUUCAUUAUUUUGGAUUCAUCGCAAUUCCAGUGCACAUCUAUGGUGGUUACUGUAUCAUAUUCCAGACUCCAAGAUCUAUGAAAUCUGUGAAAUGGAGUCUGAUGUAUUUUCAUUUUAUGAGCUGUUUUCUGGAUUUGGGAUUCAGUUUUUUGACGACACCUUAUAUAUUCUUCCCGGCACUUGCUGGUUAUCCGUUGGGAGUUUUGAAGGAUUUUGGAGUCAGGAAUCAGGACCAAUUGUAUUUCAUUCUGUUGUUGGGAGCGCACAUGGUCGUGGCGAUCAUCAUAGUUUUCGAGAACCGUCUCCUCAUAAUGAUCGGCUCCAACAAGUACUGGAAUUGGUUCCGACGGCCAUGGCUCGUUGUUCAUUUCCUCGUUGCCACCAUUUUCUUCCUUCCCACUUAUCUAAUGAUCCCGGAUCAAGAAUCCGCAAAAGCCUUCUUCACCCAAAUUUCUCCAUGUAUUCCGGUAUAUGUGAAUGCUGACCUUGUCUUUGUUGCGGUUAUCGAAACGCGAUUUUUGUUACGAUGGGCUGGCACUUUAUUUUUGGGCGCAUUUUUGGAGAUAUGGACAUUUGCAUAUCUGACUGAUCGAAUGCUCGGCAAACAGAUCAAUCGAACCAUGUCUGUGAGAACUGUCGAGUUGCAUCGGAAGUUUCAGAGAGCGUUUAUUGUGCAGCUCCUCAUCCCCAUUCUAAUCCUCAUGAUCCCUGUGGCCUAUGUCGGUGUCUCCUGCUUCACCUUCUAUCACAACCAAGCCAUCAACAACAUCGCUAUCAUCAUCCUAUCAUCUCACGGAUUCUUCUCCACCAUCGUCAUGAUUUGCAUCCAUGCACCAUAUCGGGAAUUUACAAUGUUGGUAUUUUCGGUGGCGGUGAGAUUCGGUCAUGGCGAGAAUACGUCGUCGGUGGGACCAUUAGGAAGUCAUAUUGUUACUUAA